UGUACAAGUUAGUCAGACUUUUAUAGUGGGACUCAAAGCAAUGAUUGCGUUGUGUUCAGUGUUAUUGAGUUUUAUGAUUUUUUACGAAGGAUUUUGCAAACAAAGAUUUGCCGCCAACCACGCCAAUGACAACUCCGUACGAUAUUUCGAGAAAUAUCCAAACAUUACUAUACCAAUAAUGAUACAUUUCGACAAAGCGUUAACACUGAGGAUGCGGAAAUCACAGCCGCACAAAAUGAAAAUCAACGUGAAGAUUUUAUCGAAAAAUUUAUUGAAAAAAGUCGAGAACAUAUUUCGAAGGCCAUUUUUGAAUCAGAGGGUGAAAUUUAAGUUAUUAGAAGCAAGAAAUUUGAAAAGAAGAAUUGUUAAUGAUACUAAUGUAUCUAUAUAUCUGAAAAGAUACUGUAAAUGGCAAGGGGAAAGGAAAAGAUUGAGGAAAAAGAGUUAUUUUUCAGUGCUUCUAACGGGUCUAGAUGUGUAUUAUUUGAAUAAAGGCAGGAAGGUUUGGACUAGUACAGGACGCAGCUACAAGGGUGGAGUCUGCAGCGCCUAUCACAGUUGUACACUUUUAGAAUGGAAAGGAAGAAAUGUUGAUUUUCUGCUCGCUCACGAAAUUGCACACAGUCUCGGAGUCCGCCAUGACAGCCAACCUCGUUGUUCGAAGAACAAGUACAUUAUGGGUCAAAAAUAUGACCCUUUGAGAAACCCUGAUACCUGGUCGAUAUGCAGUCGACGGGAUCUCCAAGAGUUUCUCAUGAGUAAAGAAUCUUUGUGCCUAAGAAGAGACUUCAAAGUAUGAUUCUUUUUUUUUUAAUUUAAUGACAAGGCCAGGUUGCUCGUAAUUAAGCACAGAAGAAAACAUUUUACAGAACAGGCGUCAACACGAGUAAUGAUCAUGACUAUAUAUAAAAAAAAAGGAAUGUUUGAUUGAUAAAAAAUCAGAGCACAGUUUAUUUAUUAAAAACUUAAUUGCACAAAAAAAAAUGUGCAAAGGGCGGACUUAAUGCCGUUUGGCAUUCUCUACCAGUCUACCAGCUGACCAAACGGAAUAACUUUCAGUUUUA